AGAAGCUGUUGGGAACGAAUACUUCACACCUGGGUUAACUGCAAUGCUGCUGGAUGGGUUUAUGCACGUGUAUCCAUUGUGGAGUGCUGUCACUUUCGGCGACUUGACCCGAUAUGUUCCAGCAAAAAAGUUGAUCCUGUUCGACCCACCCGUUCCCAAUAGAGAUACAAACUCUCUUGUGGAGAACUGGUUUGGUGUUGUGAAAAAGGACGCCGUUCCCGGGGGAAGGACCAGGCUGACUCCUGGAAAGUUCAUAAGAUUUGCGUACUGCAACGUACGGGGUCGAGUUGCGGAGACACAGUUGCGACCUAGCAAAGGAAAGGUCGAUGUGGAAGCGGAAGGCAGAAAUACUUCCACUCCUAGAAGGCAGGGAAAGUACUUCCGUUCACCUCGUGAUGAAGACAUUCUGCAGCCAAAGAAAAAGAAAAAGUGUCCCCCUCACAAAGAAAACGCAGACAUCCCCAUCGUCAAAAACAGGAAGUCCUCGAAACGUGCUAGAACUUCACGAAAAGAAGAUAUUCCGAACCCUGAAGAAGAAUGGAACAAAAGGAAGCGUCACGACGACAAUAAGGUUAACAGAAAGGAAGGUAAAGCGAAAAAAGCAAAAGAGAAGAAAUGCCGUAAAGCAGAAAGAGAGCGGCGGAGCGGAGAUUAUCCAAGGUGGGGAGGGAGAAUCCAGUACAAAGGAAAAGAUGUCACACUAGCAAACACGUGUACAAUAGACAACAUCAUGGUCAUACUCGCCAAAGUUAACCAGCAGCAAAGCGUGCUACGAGAAACACUAAUGCAGAGUUCUGACAUCAAGAGCAGAAGAAUCUUGCAUAUUGCUGACCUAUGCGUCGCGAAAGAGUGGACCCUGGCUAAACUAGAGUGGCUACAUACAAUUUGCCAGUUUGAACUCGAGAUGUACACACCGCAGACAUGGGACGCAUAUGGGUCUGAAUUCUACAUGUUUGUACGACAUCUGGACGUUUUCCAGGCGAACACGCAGACAUCGAGGUGCUCCAGCCCAACAUGCAGACAAGCCGUCGUGACAAGGAGAAGCAUAUCCAUAGAACUCGGGUCUACAAAUGACGGUAAGAGAGGCACGGUGCAAGAUGCGCUAAACUGCUGGAUUGCCCCACCGCCGUGUCACCAAUGCCACAUACCACUUGCCACAGGAGAGCGCUGUUCGGGUGAGAGAAAGUGGGAAGAGCGACAAUUCGACCACUUCAUAUGUCCACCAAUCCUGUGCUUUAGUCCUAUCAUCUAUCAAUCCAGAACGAAGGGUGCAGCCCGAGUUACCCUUAUGUUUCAGCACAACGUUUCAUUAGGAACCGCAAGGUACACGUUACAGGGUAUGACGAUUCACAAAGCAGACCACUUCACAUGCAUCUUCAAAGAGGCAGGUCGUUGGUAUUGCUAUGAUGGGCUGACUGGUGACGUAAUGGAGACAGCAUCUCCAUUGCCAGCAAGAGGGGAAACAAUAGGGUAUCUUGUGUACCUGCUGGACGAUGUUACAUCAUGACGGCAAUAAUGAACGCGAUGAAUGGAGUGAGCGCCGAAGGCGUAUCGUGCUCUGAUUGUCUGACUGGACUUACUUAGGGCCAGAGGCGUCGAUGGGGUGGGGGUGGCAACCCCUCAUCAGUGAGAGAGUUUCAAGUCCCCCGAGUGACAUGUCCAAGACUGGUAUUACCUUAGCAAUGUUCAUUUUGCUUCGUACUAUGCCAUCUACUAAAGACAUAUCAAAUACAAAUGUCAACGGAGAGACUAUUUCAUGGAUAUUAGUUUUGAGGAGAUAAUUUGAAAUAACAUAACCAGAACCUUUGUUUACAUUUAAGUUAUUCACGAUAUCAAUAAUCUCUGUUUCAUGUACAGGUACAACAAAUAAUGAUUGAGGAUUUGAAUUUCUUAGGAACGAGUGGAAACAGUUAUUUGUAGCAGGGAUGUUACUG